UGGUCUGUCACCACAUGGGGUCCCCAUUUUCAAAACAAACAAAAUGGCGGCGCACGUGAGAUGGGGUCUUCAGCGCUUAUUACGGGCAAGAAAUACGGCUCACUUUAGGUUUCCAGUCAAGACCAGAAGCUCAUACCACUCGCAGUGCUCGACCCAGAUCUCCAGAAGAGUUCAGCCUCGGCUCGGGACAGGAACCACACUCUUUUCAAUAAGACACCUGUCCAUCCAGACUCAAGAUACUCCAAACCCCAGAAGCUUGAAGUUUCUCCCUGGUAAACCUGUCCUAGGAAGUGGGACGCUUGACUUUCCUACUCCGAGCACAGCUGGAUCUUCAUCUUUAGCCAGGGACCUGUUUGAAAUCGAAGGAGUAAAAAGUGUGUUCUUUGGCCCUGACUUCAUCACAGUCACUAAAACGGAUGAGGAUGUGGAAUGGACGGGCAUUAAGCGUCAUGCUUUGGAGGCUAUUGCUAACUUCUUUGAGAGUGGGGACCCGAUAACAAUAGGGGCCGUGCAUAAUGAAAGCAGUAUUUCUGAAGAUGAUGAUGAUAUUGUAUCUAUGAUAAAGGAGCUUCUGGACACCAGAAUCAGACCUACAGUGCAGGAGGAUGGAGGAGAUGUCAUCUUUAAGGGGUUUGAGGACGGCACGGUCAAGCUAAAGCUGGUUGGUUCCUGCACAGGGUGCCCCAGUUCUACGGUUACCCUGAAGAACGGCAUUCAGAACAUGAUGCAGUUUUAUAUCCCAGAAGUAGACAAUGUGGAGCAGGUGGAAGAUGAAGUGGAUGAAAUCAAUGCAAAGGUUUUCUCAGACCUUGAACGCAAAUUACAAGAAUAAAAGUGUCCUUGACCAACACGCAUAUGGAUUUUGUUGGAGGACAAGUAUAUUCCCCUGUGUAAAAACACAGCCAUGCAUAAUUUCCACUAACUGCCGUUAGAAAAUGAUCACCUGCUAUUUUGUGUGCAUACUAUAUACUGUUAAGAGUUCACUGUGUAAUGUAUGUGUACUCCUGUUACCAAGAAAAGGAGAUACAGGAAUAUACCUGUAAUACAGAAAAUACUAUUAGCAGGUCAAAAUGUUCUGCUGUGAUGGCUGUAAAUGUUGUGAUGUAUUUAUUUCUUACAAAUAUUUUAUAUUUUGAAAGGAUAUUUUCAUAGGAUGGACACAUUUUGUGAAGGUUUUUCAGACGGGUAAUGGUUUUGCAGAAUGAGGAUUUGAUGAAGAAUUUCAGUUGUUGCUGCUACAUACAACGAAGAUAUAACUGAACGGUUUUUGCUUGUUAAUGCAUCUGUAAACAAAAAAUAAAAUGUUAUUUAGGCUACAACUAUU